AGAGAUGUGUGUUCAUCAGCCUACAUUUCCUAAAAAGGCUAGCCUAAACAGCUAAGAAAUUUGACAGAAUGGACAAAAUAAGAAUUUCAUUGUAGCUACUGAAGGAGGCCUAAAGAUCGUGAAUCUUAAAAAAAAAAAAAGCGCGUUCACUGACAGCGAGUGGCGCGACCCGACAAAUGAACAAUUAAUGCGUUUUUUCCUCAUAUUUUUUCUUAUGUGACUUAUUCUGUCAGUAGCAAAAUAAUAACUUUUUUUUUUUUAAAUCUGUGUUCUGUUGACAAUGGGUGUAUUAUUGUUAAAUGUAGCCUAUUAUACACAACUGCAUAUUAUAAACAUGCCAACUCUUUUUUUUUUUUUUUGGCAAUAGCCUAUUUAAUUAUUUUAUUUUUUAAUUCAGCGUUGCUGUUUUCUUCUUUGACUCGACAGAAGACCAACUAAACGGGAAAAACGGAAAUAAAAACCAAAAGCAAAGCGCUUGAGGAAAGAGCAAGAGUUUUCCCGCGGGAGUCCUGAAUGACGCCCGGGCGGGAAUCCCUGAAGAUGCGGCGGGAACAGACGGCCAUGUAUACAACACAAACAGACAAAGCGAUUUCUUUUAAUUACACGGUUUAUUUUAAACGCGGUUAAUGUGGUAUUCGCACUUGUACGAUUUCUACAGCGCUUCAUACACUACAGAUCGUUUCUGUAGAUAAAAAUGAAAAUAACAGAAUCAAUGACGCAAACAUCAUCAGAUAUAUGAGACAAAAGUGUCGAUAACUAGCUUCUUCCAUUAUGCAAAAUACAAAUUAGAAAAGAAAACUGAAAUAAACGGCAACCGCAUCAAACCUAAAAAUAUAUUAAGCAAACACAGACUGACUAACCGCUUACACGAUCGAUAAAAGAUAAUGAGCAGGUUGUGGAAAGUGUUCGAAUGAGGUGCAUGUUAAUUUACUACGAAUUUACAUAAGGAACCAAACGCGUUUAACGUGUUUUAGGAACAGAGAGAGAGAGAGACACACACACACACACACACACACACACAGAGAGAGAGAGAGAGGGACAGAGAGGGAGGAGAGGUCAGAUCUGUCCAAUCCUACGGCUGGAGCUCAAAAGGAAAAAACAAGUAAGUUUGCAGGAUAUUCUCACAGGAUGAGGAGACACUGAGGAGAGCAGCAUGAGACUGACAGCAGCAGAGAACAGCACUGGACAAGCACACUACUGAGCAUCAUGGGGUCGCGUCUCUGGAUUCUGAUGCUCGUGGUCCAUCAGGUCUCGCCGUUCAGGCGUCCGGCAGAAGCUUCGCCCUGUCGAGUGCUCCAGGAUGACAUCGACUGCAGCAGUCUGAACCUCAGAUGGAUCCCGACGCAACUUCCGGCCAUCAUCCACCGGCUCGAUCUGUCUCAGAACCUCCUGCAGAACCUCACGGAGCAAGAGCUUCCGCCGUCCUACUCCAGCAUCCGGCAUCUGGACCUUCACGGCAACAACAUCCAGUUCAUCCAGCCGGGCCUCUUCCAAGACAUGAGCCGUCUGGAGGUGCUGGAUCUGUCGGAAAACUCACUGGAUCUUUACGCAGCUCUGAAAACACACGUCGGCCCGCUCACGUCCGUGCGGCGACUGGAUUUGUCAGGAAACGGCCUGUUUACGGAUAUGAGCGAUUACUUCCUGAGCGACGCCCCGGUACUUGCCAACCUCUCCUUAGAUGGGAACAGCAUCACUAAAAUAGGCAGACACACAUUCAACGGAUCUCAGGCUCUAACAAACAUCGACCUACAUAACAACGUCAUCAUAGAGAUCGAAGAAGGCGCUUUUGAGUCCUUGACAGGACUCUCCGAACUUGACUUGUCCAUGAACUCCAUUUCGUGCAUCACAGACUUUAACCUCGUUCAGCUCAAAAUGCUGAACUUGAGCAAAAACAGCUUGACGAACUUCCAGGCCGACGAGUCGGAUCAGGAGUUUGAGCUUCUGUAUUUGGACCUGAGGGAAAACAAAAUCCUCUACUUCCCCGUCCUCCCCCAGAGGAACAAACUCAUAUACCUGGACUUGUCCAGAAACCUCUUGAGGAGCGUAAACUGCUCGGGUCCAUUAGAAGAGCUGGAGAACCUGAAGGAUAGCGGGUAUCUGUUGACCGAUUACGACAAACCCCUUUCCCUCUGCGGCAAUCAGAGGCACCAGGAUCUUCCCAGCUUGCUCUACUUGGACUUGAGCUACAACCAGCUCAAAGCGCUUCCGUCCUCGUUCUUCAGCAGUAUGAUCGCUCUGGAGAGUCUGAACGUCAGUAAUAACUGUUUAGAGAGCUUCAGCGUGGACGGUCUGAACUCUUUGAAGACUCUGGACAUCAGCUCCAACAACCUCCAGAACCUUUUCUUCGGAGGGAACGCGCUGGCCGCGUUGGAGGUUCUGCACUUGGAGGGCAACGCUUUCCAAACUUUAGACACCAGCAUUUUCGCAAGGCUCCCCAGCAUCCAGAGUCUUCACCUUCAGCAGAACCAGCUCAGCAUUUGUUUUCCUCUGGACGGUCCAACGGGCGGCUGUGUCCAACUCUCCUCUAUCCCAACCCUGAGGUAUCUGUACCUCUCGGAGAACGGGCUGUUGUCCCUUCCGCCGGGGUCGUUCCAAGGCAGCCCGCUGCUUAUUCUGGAUCUCUCACAGAAUCCCGGCGUGGACGUCGUCCCGUCGUCCCUCACAGGUCUGGAGUCGUCUCUCUCCCAUCUUUCCCUAAAAGGAAACCAGCUGCAAUCCCUGUCCAUCGACUUCAGCCUCUUCCGGAACCUGAAGUCCUUGGAUCUGUCGGUGAACCGGCUCACGGAAGUCUCUCUGUGGAGCGGAGAUUCCUCCGUGGAGUCCUUGAACCUGCAGAACAACAGUUUGGUAACGCUCCCAUCGGACAUGAUCAUCGCUCUGCAUAAAACGCUCCGAACUUUAUACGUGGGCUCAAACCCGCUGAGCUGCUGCAGAAACCCGCACCUCCUCACGCUGCUCCAGCAGGACAGACUCUCUGUGCCGGACAUCGCCAGCGCCACCUGCUGGAUCACCAGAGACUCGGAGAGCAUGGAGAUCGGCGUGAGCUCGGUGCAGGCGGAGCACUGCGAGUCCGCGGACGGGAAAGUGUUGUGGAUUAGCGUGAUCGUGGUGCUCGCGCUGGGACUGGCGCUGGUUUUGACCGUCACAUUAAAACUCUGUCACUCAAAGAGGCAUGGAUUCAACAGAGGCAUCAAAGUGUGAAUCUAAAGAAGGAAAAGAAACCAAAGCGCUCUCACCUGACUGUGGUGCCGCAUGCAUGACAUUGGGUUUCAGUAUGUGAUGCGUGGGUGAUCUGGAACAAAUCAGCCUGAUCGCCAUCACAAAUGCAUGAAACUCUUGCGUUCAAAACCACGUCCCUCAAACUGCACGAACUAUCUAGCAAAAAGAACUUUUACAGGAGAUCCUGGGCAGUAACACUACACUUUCUGAUGUAUAUUGCAUGCACUUUACCGACUGUGAUUUGUGACUAUUGGAGUGAAAUGUACCUGUGAAAUGUUUGCAUAUUGCAAAACCGCCUUUGACCAUUUGUUGUUUCAAAUGCAAAACAUGUUGCAAACACUUGAGUGUUUCAGAGAGUUCUAGAGCGAGACGGGUGAUUGUAGGAGUGUAAUGUUGUGCAUUAGCCGAAGGAAUUUCAUCAUACACAGGAAGUGUUUUUACUGGGACACCUGCAGCCGAGCGCCGCUUUCCUGUUGUUGAGCUCAGUUUCCUAUCCUGGCGUUGAUGAUUUAUUCAUUCAAACUCAGUUACACUCAGUGGUGUUUGACAAGUUUAGCUCUGCACACAAACCGGCCGCGAUGUUUGUUUGGUCUUUUUUUAGAUAUUUCCAGCCUGGUGCAGGAAUAAGUUUGACCCUGGUGUCUAUAUCAGAUGUUGGAUAAAGAUAGACAGGAAAUCCCUGUCACAUCAUCGCCGCAGAUAUUAUUGGUGCGGCAAUGAAAGGAGCUUCCUCCUAUCGGUCUGAGUCAUGGCCGCCGGCGUCACGCCCCCUUCUGCUUUCCAGCUACACAUGACAUUACCAAACCCGCAGGAGUCACACACACGUCAUGUAUGAGCCGCCACUACUAUAUGAAGGAACUAUUACCACAAUGUUUGUAUAAUGAACUACUGUGUAAAUCUAUUUAUGAAGUAUUUUCCUAAAUAAAAGUUCUCUGUUA